UGGGUAAUGCAGCUGACACAAUUGGAGCCUCCUGGGCUCCUAGACAGCCUUCAACAGAAAAUGCCCAAAUGUUUUUGGUAUUUCUAUUUUUAUCCUUUGCUUUGCAAGACAGACUAGUUGACCUUUUAUCACUCUAAGGCUCUCCAAAGGCUACUGAGACCAUUCCCCUCCUCAACAAGACUUCGAAAGAGUGUGACCAAGCCCAGCAAUGCCAAAGAAUGCUCUGGUGACAAUUAGAUAUGGGCCUUACAGGAGCUGCGGUGUGGUGGAGCACAGGACCUUCCGACUGGAGGGGUUGCAAGCUGUAUUGAAAGCAGAUGGGCACAGUAUAAUUCUGGAAGAAAUACCCGAUUGGAAUGAAGUGCAUCUCAUAGUGAAUGGAGAGACUGUCUUUCAGUGCAACAUCAAUGACUUGGAUUUUGGAGGUGAAGGUAUAUUGGACCCACUUUGUCAAGAAGCAAGAGAAGCAGUCUUAAACGCCUACUGAAUAAGAAGCCUGAUUUCUUUUAUAUCCCUUUUAUAUCCCUUUUAUACAAAAUGCCAAAAGAGCACAUCCUUCCAAUCAAACGCCAUGUGAUUUGAAAGAAUAUCCCAUCUCUCAGAAAUAAAGAAAACCCUUUCUUGUCUGCUCUUCA